AUGUUACUUUUUCGAUUUCUUCCUGGAGAGGAAGAUACACCAUGCACUGCUACUCUGGAAACACGGCUGGAGAGUGAAAUAGGCAGCCUUACUCCACCAGCAUUGACGCCUAGUACGACAGCCGAGAUUAUUCCUACUCGUGGAGUACAUAGGCGAUAUGGCAAUUUGUACUACGUCUAUCGUUUCAUGGUGGAGGAUGAUGGCCGCUUAGCCCUAGGUAGUAAAUUCCAUUGCUAUCGGGACCUACAAGUCCGGGAGCGACCUAGUGUGCAGGAUCCUAGACUCUUGCAUCUCGAUUUUUUGCGACUUCGGAGCGUACACGAACUUUCCUGCAUUUUCGUGUUGGGCCAGUCCGCGACGAGGGGUGGUACAAUGGCUGACGGUGCACCAAUAAAUGAGUUCAUUGUGGUCGGAGGUCUCUCUGGGAGCUGCGGAUUUCCUCUCCUACCGGGAAAACAACGCUCCGUAUUUCGUUAUCCCAUGAUUUGCGCCAACGAGAGAAUUGUUCAAGUACAUCGUCUGCUCUCUUCCUUUCCAGGCUCACGCUCAGGAUUCCAUAGAUUCCUUACAAUCAAGACUUUGUUUCUCGUCGAAUCGUCUCCUGGGCUUCGUGAACACGAGAAGUCCAUCGAGAAGCUUGCUUGGAAAGAUCGACCGCAAUGACACUGGCACUUAAGGAGGAAUUAAAUACGACUGUCAACCAUGAUGCUGAGUUCAAUCCUGGAUGCAGCUAUUGGAGUCUUCUUUUGCGGAGGUUCUUCUAUAAAAAGGCAUCCGUAGUCGUCCUGGUGUCGGUAUCCUCAUCUUAAGUCUGAUCAGAGUUGGACCAGUGUUGCAAAAUAAAUCUACUUACUCAUAUAUGCUUUCUUAGGGAAUGGGCAUUACCAC